AUGGAUCUUGACGAAGAUCAUCUUCCUGUUUACCCAACACCUAACCGCAUUGAUAUACUAUGUGUGGAAGCUGAUCCAAAUCUUGCUGUUACAUUGUUGAUACUAAUAGAGAGAAAACCACAACUUGAAUGGGAAGUUUGGCCUGAUGUUUGUGAUGAUGAUAGCGUGUUAUACAUGGAGAAACUUAUAUCUGAUCAUCAUCCAUUCGAUAAGCACAUUUGGCCGGGUGGAGACACUUCUGAGCACAUCACCAUCCUCCCAAGCGUUGUGGCUAAACCUGCCAUUCGGGAAAGAUCUCUUAAGUGUAAAUCAUCUUCAAGUAAAGCUCGGAAACCAAGAAAGUCUUCAAGCCAAACUCAGAAACCAAAAAAGUCUUCAAGGAAGGUUUCCUCGUCCCAUAAGCAGAGAAGAAUCAGUAACUAUUUUCCUCCAGUUGGUUCAGCCGGCAACUCAAAAGAUGAAGUACUGGAAAUACUGUCUAAAAUGUCAGCCAAACUCUCAAACCUUGAAAAACAGUCAAAGAAGUUGCGGUUAUUGAUCAAACGCAAAAAGGCUCUUACUACCAUAAAGCGCUAUUCCUUCCACUCUCUACUUGCUCAGACAAAGAAAGGCCACAAAUCACAUACAUGA